GCUUUACGUCACAGAGAUGCGCCGGAUUCGAAUGUUGGUCUGAGGGGCGGCCAUUGAAACCCGUAUUAAACUACUAUCAAGCGAUGCCGCCCGACCCGUAGAAUCAGUGAAGUUUUAUGGAAGUUUCUCGAAUGAGCGGCGGGCGACAGCGGACCUUGUUCCAGAGCUGGGGCAGCAAAGCGCCCGGAUUCCAGUCCCAGGGCGGGAGGAGCGCCGACACCGGGCCUGCGGACCGCCCGGCUCAAAUCAGGCGGAGGCGGGAGGAGGAAACCCCGGCCCCGCAGGAUGGCUUCCAGGACGGGGAGGAUGACGACGUGCUGCUGGUGGCGGUGUUUGAGGCUGAGCGGAGCCUGGGCAGCCCGAGGUCGGCCUCCGAGAGCCAGCCGCCCGCCACUCUCCCUGGCUUCGACCUGUCUUCAGGCGAUGUGUGGAUUUACCCGAGCAACUACCCGCUCCGGACCUACCAGUUCGACAUGGCCCGGGCAGCCCUCUUCGACAACACGCUGGUGUGUCUGCCCACCGGCCUGGGCAAGACGUUCAUCGCGGCCGUGGUCAUGUACAACUUCUACCGCUGGUAUCCCUCGGGCAAGAUCGUAUUCAUGGCCCCGACCAAACCUUUGGUCGCUCAGCAGAUCGAAGCUUGUUACAAGGUGAUGGGCAUCCCGCAGGACCACAUGACAGAGAUGACAGGACAGACACAGGCAUUGAAUCGCCAGAAUAUUUGGAAUGCCAAACGAGUUGUCUUCCUCACACCGCAGGUUAUGAUGAAUGACCUUUCUCGUGCAGCUUGUCCAGCUGCUGAUGUGAAGUGUUUGGUUGUUGAUGAAGCUCACAAGGCACUCGGAAAUCACGCUUACUGCCAGGUUGUUCGGGAGCUAUUUAAUUAUACACGUCAGUUCCGUGUUCUGGCUUUGACUGCAACGCCGGGUAGUGACACAAAGGCUGUACAACAAGUCCUUUCAAACCUGAUGAUUUCGCAUCUAGAGGUGAGGUCUGAAGAUUCCCUGGACAUCCAGCCCUACUCGCACCAGAGACAUGUGGAGAAGUUUGUUGUUCCUCUGGGUACUGAGCUGACUGGUAUCCGGUCUUUAUAUCUACAGGUCUUGGAAGCAUUUACAAGACGUCUACUCAAGACUGGAGCCCUACUUCAUAAAGAUGUAGCUAAUUUGACCAAAUAUCAAAUUGUUCUUUCGCGGGAACAAUUUAGAAAAAACCCUCCGACACACGUUGUGGGAGCUCAACGAGGUAUGGUGGAAGGAGAUUAUGCUCUUUGUAUUAGCCUUUAUCAUGGAUAUGAACUUCUAUUACAAAUGGGAAUGCGAUCCUUGUAUAACUACCUGGAAGGCAUUCUGGAUGGAUCUAAAGGGAUGACACGAACACGAAAUGAGCUCUGCAGAAACACCAGCUUUAUGGAGAUGUAUGAGCAGCUGAAAGCCAUGUUCUCAAAUGGAAGCAAUCUCUUCAGUUCGCAAAUAGGAUCUGAAAACAGAAAACAAUUCAUCUACAGUCACCCUAAAUUACAAAAGCUUGAAGAAGUUGUAGUGAGCCACUUCAAGUCUUGGGCAAAAUCUGGAGGUCCAAAUACUUCUGAAGGAAAGGUUGGUGGUGUAAAUACUCGUGUUAUGAUCUUCUCCUCAUUCCGGGACAGUGUUCAGGAGAUUGCUGAAAUGCUCAGCAGGCAUGACCCUCUUGUGCGAGUCAUGACAUUUGUCGGGCACUCUUCAGGGAAGAACACAAAGGGGUUUACGCAGAAGGAACAACUUGAGGUUAUGAAACGCUUUCGUGAAGGUGGUUAUAACACAUUGGUUUCUACAUGCGUAGGUGAAGAAGGAUUAGAUAUUGGUGAAGUUGACCUCAUUAUUUGCUUUGAUGCUCAAAAGAGUCCCAUACGCUUGGUGCAAAGAAUGGGUCGAACUGGCCGGAAGCGUCAAGGCAGGAUUGUGGUCCUCCUUGCAGAAGGACGAGAAGAGCGGAACUACAACCAGAGUCAGUGUUCCAAACGGAACAUUUACAAAACCAUUCUAGGAAAUGGGAACAAAUCCUUUCACCUUUACGCUAAUAAUCCACGCAUGAUCCCUAACGGUUUGAAUCCUGUUGCACAUAUGAUGCACAUAACUACUGGCGAGUAUGAAUCCAGCACUGCUUCAAGUCAUUCAUCAAAACAAGGAAGAAAGUCAAGUAUUGUACUUCCAGAGUCGUUCAUGUACUCCAGAACCCCAACGAUAAAACAGACCAAGUCCAAGGAAGAUGGUUUGUUGACUCCAGAAGAAUUUGAAUUUUGGGAUAGAAAAUUUCGAUUGAAAAGUGAUGAUUUAGGGACGCCAAAAUUAAUGCCAAUUUCAUUUGAGUUUGUAAAGGAUGAAUCAAAAGCUGUGGAACAUAAGAGUGGUGCAAUUCAUGAGCUUUCUCUGUCUGAGUGGAGCCUUUGGCAAAAUCGACCAUUUCCUACCCAUUUGGUUGACCAUUCAGAUCGCUGCCAGCACUUCAUAAGCAUUAUGGACAUGAUCGAUUUGAUGAGACAAGAAGCGAAUGACAGCAGCUAUUCAUUAGACUUUAUGUCUUAUUUAAAUAUGGAUGAUAUUUUUGAAGCAACUCUCACACCGCAGCCCCAAGUUGGAACUAUUUCCGUAGCAAACAAUCAGACUAAAUGUAAAAUGGAUCAAUCAAUGAAGCCUAGAUGUAACAGAAAGAAAUGUAUAAGUAAUCGUGUUAAACAAAAUAAUUUUUGCAAAUUAACAAAUGAAGAUGAGGAAUGCACUCUUUUUAACACAAGUAAAAUUAAAAGGGCAAAGGUUCAAUGUCGCCCAUCCUGUUCUGAGACUGCAAAGACUAAAGAAGCACAGAAGUCUCCGUAUUGUAUUUCUAGGAAUUGUCAAGAUGAAGAAGCUGCAUUUACCACCAAGGAUAGUACAUCAAAACCAGGUGAACAGAUCUAUCAGCCAGAGGGAGAAAUUGAAGUGGACAUAAAUAAUGAUUUACAGGAAGUGACUUGGUAUAGUGGGUCAGGUAUGAGGGAAAUCUUGCAGAGUCCCAUGAAAAUGAGUUUAAAUGUUGAUUCUGCUCCAAGCAAAUCAGCAAACAUUAAAUGCAAAAGUGUUGACUCAAGGGAGAAAGAACAUAGAGAAUGCCAGCACCAUGAAUCAAUAAAUGAUUACGUGAUGAGGGAAAUAAUAGCUGAAGUGCACAAUCCGCUUUCUAAGUACCAUGAAUCAAACAGUGCCAAUUCAGGCUACAAUAGUCUAGGCAAUGAAACAUCAGUUAAUGGUACCAAUCUGUCUCAACUGUUUUAUCUACCAGACUCUCUUGUAACUCAAGGUCAUAGUCCACAACACACAUCCUCAAAUACAGAUCCAGUAAGUACCUGGCAUUCUUACACUCCAGAGGUUGAACAUCCUAAUUAUGACACACAUGUGCAAGUUCCCACCAGUGUGAAAAUGGUAUUGGAAAGAGUAGCAUCAUUUCUUACUACAUCUCCCCCUUCAUUAGACAUGUUUUCUUUUUAUGGGGAGACUGAUUAUGAAGAAAAUAGAAGACAAUCAAAUAUUUCAAAAAUUCCACCAGAAAAUGUUUUAAAACCUGACCAAGGAGACAACCAAUUCUUCGGUGGUUCACCACCAAUCAAUAUUAAACUAACAGAUUUAGUGACUUGCAGAGAGCCUGAGGAUUUGAGUGAUCAUGUUAAUGCAGGAUCUAGUCCUUCCUGGGAUGAUUUAUUUGAUAGCAAUAUUGAAGAAAACUUGGACCAUGACAAUAAAGCUCAAUCGAGUGUAAAUCAGGAAGAAUUACAUGAUUCUUCGUGCCAGUGUCAUAAUUCAACCGAAAAAAACAAAAGCAGAAGCAGUAAAACCCUCAAGGAUUCUAUAAAUGAUGUACCAUUCGUAUAUGAGGAGAGCUUGCCUUUGUUUGAAGAUGAACCAUUACUUGAUAGCCCUUCAACUCUUUGUAUUCCUGGCCACAAAAGUUGUGCAAUCAUGCAGAACGUCUCUGAACUGGUAAGGCAUUCUACUGUGUUAAAUGAAUCACUGCAAAAUAGUCCAGCAGUUGUUAAUAAAAGUUUGAAAAAUGGAGAAACUGACCAUGCUGUAACUCACAGGCCACUUUUGUAUAAAUCGCUUCACAAACAAAUGCUUUGUGAAAAUUCAUGUGUUGACCAGCAAAGAUCUGUUGUUCAUGACAGCAACAUGUACAAUUGCUCAGAUGAACUGUUUUCUGUUAACUUUGAUCUGGGCUUUUCAUUUGAAGACUUGGAUGAAAAUAGUGAUGUGUUAAUAACCAAUACUAUUUGCAACAAAACCACUGAAUUCUCAGAACAUCUUGUAGACAAACCAUCUUCUGACAACACAGAAAUAACAAAGACAGAACUAUAUGAAUGCAUUCCUGAGAUUAGAGAAAACUGCAUCAACAAAGUUACUUCAAAAUUAUUUGAAGCAGGAACAGAAGUAAUGAGAAAUUGCUCAACACCAGAGUCUCGGAAACAUGCUUCCUUAAAACCAAGCAAAACAGAAACUUUGCAUCAUAAUGAAAAACAAUAUUUGACAACACAAGAUGUCGCUUUGUUUUCUCCAAUUUGUCGGCCUGAUCUUUGGGUCUCCUCUGCCUUUUCCCCAGCUUUAGCAUGCUUUGCAACACCAGAAGAAAGGAGUUCCACUCUCAGACUCUGUGAUAUGACUUCUAUUAACCCACUGUUUAAAAAUGAACUGAUGAUUUCCCAGAAUCCUGCACUAAGCAAUGUUACAGAAGAUUUGGUUAAAAAAGGAGCCUUGUCUGAAUCAGCAGGCUCUCCUAACACUCCUGGGAACAUUCUGAAUUGUAGUGCAAGUGGAAAGCUUGGAAAGAAGUCUUUUAUACCUUACAAACGGAAUAUUUUUCACAAAAUUCUUGAACCACCUAAUAAUGGUGGGUGCAACAGUGAGAGUGAAGAUGAAGUUAUCAGAAGACCUAGUAAAAGAAUAAAAGUUGGUAUUCUUGAGUCGCCUGAGGUGACUGGUACCAAUGAACUUGACUCUCCUGUUUUGGCUAGUCGGAAAUCCAGGAAAAUUCUUAAUUUAGGGUUCACAGACAGUGAGGAUGAUGAUUUUAGAGCAACUUCAAUCAAGAACAAUAAAGGUGCCAAAUUGUCUAGAAACAUUCAUCAUUCACGGAGGGAGCAUGUUGCUCGACAGUUUCUUGAAGAAGAGGCUGAACUUUCCUCGGAUGGGGCAGAAAAUGUGUCCUCUGAUGAAGAUGAUUCUGACAACAUCAAAGAUGAUUCUUGGAAAGGUUUCAUCGAUGAUGCAUCUCAACUUUCACAAGUUAUAAGUGAUGGUGAUAUGCAAGAAAUUUAUUUGAAGUCUGUCCGUAGUCCUUAUAUCCGCAAUAAAAAAAAAUUGAUCUUCAGCAAAAAUGAAAUGACCAUCUUUUCACAGAUUCCUGAACAGGAUGAGACCUAUAUGGAAGACAGCUUUUGUGUUCAGGAGGAAGAUGAAGGUACAGAUAAUCAAACUGAAUUGAGUGAAGACGAGAUUGUUAAUUUUGAUCUCUUUAAUGAUACUCCCAUCGGUAAAAACAAACAGUAUGCAACUCGAAACAGAACAAGAGCAAAAAUUGCAGAAAUGGAGCAUGCUAAAGGUACCUUGGCCAAAAAGAAGAAAGGCAGCCGUAUCAUUUUGUUGAAUGAUUCCAGUGAAGAUGAACAGGAUGUGAUUGUGAAUCAAUUGCCAAGAAAAGAUUUAGUACAAAACAGCAAGCACAAACAGACUGCAGAAGAGCAAAAUACAAUUUUAUGUUCUCCAAGCCCAACAUUGGGAGGUGACUCUUCUAAGAAAUCUUUGUCAAAAUUGACUGUGCAACAACCAGCAUGUGUUGAAAAGGGUAAAGCUUCAGAUCCUGGCUCAUUGGAUAGAAGCUUGGCCAGGCGGUUGAAUCUCCAGGCUUUGUUGUCUGAAACGUUGGACUUUCAAAUAGAGCAAAAACAUUCAAGAAGGUAUAAUUCAACUCUUGCCCCAGAAAUUGCACACAGCUCCAUGCAAGACAAGGCGCAGAUUAAACCCCAAAUGGGCAAACUUCACUCUAUUAACUCUAUGGAAAUUUCCACAUUUUCAAGACCAAGUGAAACUCUGUGCAAAGACAAUCUGAUCAGCAUCUGUCAACCAGUAUCUGACGGAACAGUUCCAUUGAAGGUUCUUGUGGACAGUCGAGAAAUCUCCUCUGGGCCAAACCUGGUCUCUUGCCUACGCAUUAAACAUAACAUUAAGGUUGAGAUUUUUUGUCUCAAUGGAUGUGAUUACAUAGUGAGCAACCGGAUGGCUAUAGAAAGAAAAUCCUUAUCAGAGUUUGCAAACAGUGUAAACCGGAGUAAGCUUGUAGACCGUAUUCAGCACCUUCAGGCCAUGUUUGAGCGUGUGUGUAUCAUUGUGGAGAAAGACGGAAUGAAACCAGGAGAUACAUCUAGGAUAUUCCAGAGAACCAGAUACUAUGAUGCCUUGUUAUCUUCUUUGACCAUUGCUGGAAUCAGGACCUUGUUCAGCUCCAGCCAGGAGGAAACGGCUGGGCUGAUUGCUGAACUUGCCCAUGUUGAAGAAAGAAAGAAUGCUGCUAUUACUGUCCCGUUGGAGGUUCAUGGUCACCGGCAACAGAUUUUACAGUUCUACCUCAGCAUUCCUGACAUCAGUUAUAUAACAGCUUUAAAUCUCUGUCAUCAGUUCAAGUCUGUGAAAGAAGUAGCUAACAGUUCAGUGGCUAAAAUAGCUUAUGGAGGAAAGAUUGGUCAGCAACGAGCUGAAGAGAUCUACCGUUAUCUUCACUAUGUAUUUGAUCCACAAAUGGUGCCUGACCAUUCAGGACAUAUUGACUGGAAACAAAACCUAUAAGUAUAAAUAUCUUUGAUUUGCCAAAUGUGGGCAUCUCUAAAUGCACUUUAUUUCUGUACUGCUUAAUGAAUGAUGUACAAAUUAUGUAAAUAAAAUCUUCCAACAGUA